AUGAUUUCGACGAGACUGUCUAUAGAAGAUGAAGCAGAACGGACAGCAUUCAUGCAACCCAGUCAUGUCCGCCGCGAAGAGAAGUUGCGGUCAUGGAGAAGUCUCCCCCAUCUUUUCAUCAUCCUCACCGUCUUGAAUAUCAUCGCUUCGGGAAUCACCACAGUCCUCGUGGCCAUACGGUACCAUCAAUACACAAUCACAUCUACGAGUCCAAACGAUGUUUACCGUCGAGUGAACGGCCCUUCUCCUCUCUACGACGAGGUCCAUCUCAACCCAUACAGAACAACUACCAACGGCACAUUUUGGCCUGCCGACAGGCCCGAUGGAGGUAGCAUAGCCCGUCACAUGCCGAACGCGGCAGAUGAGGCCAUCUGGGACGACUGGGAGCUUACCACCGUCGUGCCAGUCACUGCAGCAGGUAUUCGCGAGCUGGGCAAAGAUCCCUCGACGGCAGCGAAGCUGGAGAACUCCGUCUGGGGGCUGGGUGACGAUGCUUAUGCGGCGGUGCUCGACGUGUUCCACCAGAUACACUGUUUAAACCAGUUGCGCAAAUUCGCAUACGCGGAUUACUACCACAUGAAAAUUGCCAACGCAGACCUGGAGGUCCUUACUACGCAUGAGGUGCAUACGAAUCACUGCGUUGAUAUUCUGUUGCAGGCUAUACAGUGCUCUGGGAAUCUUCAGCUAGUUACAAUGCAUUGGACAGAAAGGCAGCGAUACCCUUUCCCUGAUAUGAGUACCAACAGGCAGUGUGUCGACUUUGACAGAAUAAAACAGUGGCGAGACAACAACAGAAUCGAUAUGAAAAAGUUUAUUGCGACGAUGGCGAAGGAUCAACAACCUAGCCCUGCUACAGGCCGGGUCAUGGUGAAGUUGCAAGAGGUCACGACGCGGGCACGUGUGACGCGGAAGUGGAUGUCAUGGGUGACCAGGAAGGGCUCAUAUGAGAACCAACAGCGAACAAGGCCUGGGUGUUGGAGGCAGUACCUUGCGGCGCAGGUCUCAACCUGUCCGCUGAACGAGGUGGAUCGGGCCGAUCUGCUGGUUAAGAAGCUUGGAGGCCAAUUGUCGAAAUGCUCGAUUCACUACCUGACUGACAGCGUAAACGGCAUAGUAUCAAUUUGGCGCGCAGGAAGAGGAUCCGACCACGUCAUCAAGACGGACUAUGGCUAA